AUGCUUAAUGCAGCAAAGACUUCGAUCUUCUUUAGUAAGAACACUCAAGCAGAAUUUAAAGAUUUCUUGAGGUCCUCCGCUGGGAUUUCCAUCACUUCAAGUUAUGAAAAGUACCUAGGUCUCCCAGCAUUGGUGGGUCGUUCUAAGUACAAGACGUUUGCGAGGAUUGAAGGUAGAGUGCGUAAGAAGAUGGAUGGGUGGAAAGAGAAAUUUCUAUCUCAAGCCGGAAAAGCUAUUCCUACUUACAGUAUGAGUGUUUUCCAGCUACCCAAGAAACUUUGCAACUCACUUAAUUCCUUAGUGAGUCGUUUCUGGUGGGGUAAGAAUUAUGAGAGCAAAAGGGAGGCAGGGCAAAUCUGCAAUUUGGUUUUAAGCCCUUUAGGUAGUGCAGAUCAAAUUGUCUGGCAGGGUACAAAACAUGGGCUAUUCUCGGUAAAAAGCGCCUAUCAUUUGGAGAUGCAACACAGGAAGCAGUCUAGAGGUGAAAGUUCAAAAACAGGGCUGGUGGAAAGGAUUUGGAAGACUUUAUGGAAUCUGAAUGUGCCGCCAGUUGUGAAGCACUUUGCUUGGAAGGUUAUACACAAGGUGAAGGCUAUUAUUGAGGACUUUGAUGGAGCUAGUGCCAAAAUGGAGAAGGAAAGGAGGCUCUCAGGUCCUGGACGUGUCAGAUGGCAAAAGCCUCCUGUGGGGAUAAUGAAAAUUAACUGGGAUGCAGCUUUGCACAAAGAAAAUAAACACAUGGGAGUAGGGGUCGUUAUCUGUGAUGAUAAGGGAGAUGUUGUGGUAGCUCUAUCCAAGAUUGUUCCCUACAUUGUGGAUCCUCUCACUGCAGAGACAGUGGUUGUUUGGCACGCUGCUAGGUUGGUUUGUGAGAUGGGUUUUCAAAAUGUGCUAAUGGAAGGUGACUCCCUGAGUGUUAUUCAAGAAUUGCAAAAGCAGGGUCCUAAUGGGAGUGGUUGUGGACAAUUGAUUAUAGAUACAAAGUCUAUUCUGUCUAGCUUAGAUUCUGUUAGUUUUCAACAUGUUAAAAGGGAUGCUAAUAAGGUGGCACAUUGUUUGGCAAAAUUUGCCCUUUCACAAAUGUUAGAUAAAGUCUGGGUGGAGGAUUGUCCUCCUAUCAUCCAGCCUAUUGUACUUGCGAAACAAGCGGAAGAUUAUUGA